AUGUCCGGCCCCUCAUCCUCUUGCCCAUCUACCGUCUACUCAUUCGAAGAGCAGUCAUUCCCCGUCCUCGUCGAGCAGUCCGCACCUCAACCGCCUAAACCCGAGCCCAAGCCCACCUUCAGCUUCAUCGCGUCGGGGAGACGGCGGGAGAAGCCGGCGGAGAAGAAGAGCUACGCGCAAAUGCUGAAGGCACCUAAUCAUCAUAAUUCGGCG